UCCCUUCUCUAGGGGAUCUUCCCAAGCCAGGGAUCAAACGGGUCUCCUGCAUUGCAGGCACUGAGCUACCAGAACAUUUCAUAGUUAGGCAAUUAGAAUGAUUUGAUGGCAGACUGUCAGAUAUCAUUCAGAUUUUAGAAGGUAUUUCUGUUCUGAACCCAAUGGCUUAUCUAAUAGCAAACACUCUACUAUUAAAAUAGUGGUACAAGAUGAUGGUGGCCUGGAGCUUGAAAGUUAGAAAGUUAAAAAGCUAUUAAAAAGCACAGUGAAGAGCAAAGUAAGGGAGGUGAUAAGGAAAAAAAUGGUUGCCCUGCUUGGUGCUGUUUUUUUCAAAGAGCCCAAACUUUGCAGAGAGUGAAACAGAUAUGUGCAGAUAGUGUGUGAAACACUGUUGCCGCUUGGGAAAGAAGGGAGGUUAAGAUAUUUCUCAUGGGUACCACCCUCUGACUCAGGCAUUUUAGCUCACGAGGCCAUGCCUCCUGGUUCCUUUCUUAGUGUCACAUGAAAAUGAGCAGAGGGUGGGUCAUCAGGAGAGGGCUCUUCAGAAGAGGAGAGCUUCCUUGAUGGACAUCUGUAGGCAGUGUUGUGGGGGCAUGUCUCCACACCAUGCACCCGCCUGAGUGACCUCUGCAUAAAAACAGUGCCUCCCUGGCCCUUUGCAGGAGUCCGGAAAGAACAGCCUGCAGUCCAGCCCUGCAGGUCCCAGCUGAGGCCACAGGAGUUUAAACCCACUCUGAACACGGAGCCCUUUUCCAGGUUCUCUGUCUCUCAUCCUGAUUCUUGCCACUGGAAGCAGGACACUGUCCUCUCCCUGUGUGAUGGCAUGCUCACGGACCUGUUCCCGCAUUCUGGGGCUGAGCCUUGGGACUACAGCCCUGUUUGCUGCUGUGGCCAACACAUUGCUCCUGUUUCCUAACUGGAAUGUGACCUACCUGUUGAGGGGCCUCAUUGGCAGGCAUGCCAUGCUGGGCUCUGGGCUCUGGGGAGGAGGCCUCAUGGUUCUCACUGCAGCUACCCUGAUCUCCCUGAUGGGCUGGAGAUAUGGCUGCUUCAGUAAGAUCGGGCCCUGCCGAAGGAUGCUUAUUGCUCUGUUGUCAAGUGGCCUGGCUUUGCUUGGAGCCUUGAUUUGCUUUAUCACUUCUGGAGUAGCCCUGAAAGAUGGUCCUUUUUGCAUGUUUGAUGUCUCACCCUUGAAUCAGACACAGGCUUGGAAACAUGGUUACCCAUUCAAAGACCUGCAUAACAGGAAUUAUCUGUAUGACCAUUCACUCUGGAACUCUGUCUGCCUGGAGCCUUCUAAAGCUGUCAUUUGGCACGUGUGCUUCUUCUCCACCCUUCUGUGCAUCAGCCUCCUUCAGAUUCUUCUGGUGGUCAUUCAUCUCAUCAACAGCUUCCUGGGCCUUUUCUGCAGCCUCUGUGAGAAGUGACAGGUAAUGCCCUCUCAUACAUGAGUGUUUUCAUCAUGUGCUGCCUUGAACCUUUCCUGCAAGAGAGGGUACGAAUUAUAAACAAAGUUCCCUUUAGGAAGUCAUGUGGUAAUAAUAACAAUGAUUCCUGGCAUAUAUAUUGAAUGAUACAAUGGAUUUUAAAUCAAUUACUGCAAGAUAAUAUAUUAAUAGAAGAAACAGUUAAAUAAUUAUUAUUGUGUAGGAACUUAUAGUCCAUGAAAUGUCCUCCAGCCAUGAUCUCAUUUCAGCUUCUCCACAGCCCCGUAAAACUGGCCACAUGUUAGAAAUGAAGUUGAGGCUCCUAGAGGAUAAUGGACUUGCCGCCCAAAAGCAUUUAAUUAGGUUCAGUAAAAGUCAGUACCAGAGCCCCUAUCUUCCAAAUUCAAGUUCACCAGCUUAUUAAUAAGACUGAAUUUUGUGGCUCCCAAAUUCAUAGGUUGAAGCUCUCGCUUUCAGUGUGACUUUGGAGAUAGGACCUUUAAGAAGCUAACUAAGGCUGAGUGAGUGAAAGAUGCUCAGUCAUGUCCGACUCUCUGUGACCCCAUGGACUGUAGCCUUCCAGGUUCCUCUGUCCAUGGGGAUUCUCCAGGCAAGAAUACUGGAGUGGAUUGCCAUGCCCUCCUCCAGGGGAUCUUCCCAAGGGAUCAAACCCAGGUCUCUUGCAUUGCAGGCAAAUUCUUUACUGAAUGAGCCACCAGGGAAGCCCUAAGCCUUAACUUAGGUUAGAUGGGGUCAUAAGAGUGGGACCCUAAUCCAGUAACACUGGCAUCCUUAUAAGAAGAGGAUGAGACAACAGGUAUAUGAAAAGAUGCUUAAUAUUACUAAUCAUCAGGAAAAUGCAAAUGUAAACCAUGAUGAGAUAUCAUCUUAUACCUGUUAGAAUGGCUACUAUCAAAAAGGAAAGAAAGAACAAAUGUUAGUGAGGAUGUGGAGAAGAACUCGUGCCCUGUUGAUGUGAAUGUAAACUGGUGUAACCACUAUGGAAAACAGUAUGGAGGUUCCUCAAAAAAUUAAAAAAGAACUACCACAUGAUCCAGCAAUACCACGUUUGGGUAUUUAUCUGAAGCAAACAGUAACAC